AUGAAUAUUAAUAUGCCCGACAUCAGCCCCAAGACUCCUGAUGCUUACAUGUGCACUGCUAAGAAGCUAGAUCCUCAUGAAGCCUACAUUGUGAAAUAUGAGCCUGACAUCAGUGCCAAAACCGCACAUCACAUGCUUCUAUUUGGUUGCAAGGAUCUUUUAAACGAAGAUCACCUAUAUCCUACUCAUUGGAAUUGCGCCCAAGGAGAUCUAUGCAGUCGUAUGAGCAUAAUGUAUGGAUGGGCUAAAAAUGCACCUCCGAUGGAGCUUCCCAAAGAUGUUGGAUUUCUAAUUGGUGGUAAUAGUUCCAUUAGAUAUCUUGUUCUGCAAAUUCACUAUGCAAGGCCAUUGCCAGAUGGAGUGACUGACAACAGUGGUUUAAAACUCCAUUUGACAACUCAAAGGCAACGAUAUAUAACUGGUAUACGGUUACUUCUUGCCGACUCUGCAAGGAUUCCUCCUCUCAAUCCAAGAUACCAUGUGGAUGUCAAUUGCAAAUUUGAAGAGAAUUACGUUAUUCACUUGUUUGCUUAUCGGGUUCACACGCAUAAACUUGGAUCUGUUGUUUCUGGAUAUUCCUUCAACACUAAUAACAACAGUUGGACAUUUCUUGCCAAAGGAAAUCCACAGUGGCCUCAAGUAUGGUGGAAAAGUGUUUUGUUUUGA